AUGAGAGCACAUGAAAGGAUGAAUUCGCUUUCAAGUAAUUUAAGCGCAACAACAAAUGACGAGAAAAUAAAUUCGAUGAGUCGUAAACGACAAAAGUUACUUGAAAGUGUUUUAACGAAUGAUAUGGCACUUGUUAUGCGACUUUUAGUUGAUAAUCGAAUCGUGAACGGAAACUGCAAUCGUAUUGCCUCCUUCUUGCAUUAUGCAUCAUAUUUUGGAUAUUAUGAUAUGGCAUCGUAUUUAAUCGAUGAAGGAGCUCGAUUAGAUGCGUAUGACAAGUGGAAAUUAACCCCACUACAUCGUGCUUGUUUAAACAAUCAAGCUCAAAUAGUAGAUUUAUUACUUUCAUUUGGUGCUAGAGUGACGGCACUAAAUGGAUUGCUUCUAACUCCUCUUCAUAUAGCUGCUGCCGUAAAUGCUUUAAAGUGUGGUCAGGUUAUUGUAAAUUAUGACCAAGAUUCUAUAGACUGGACGGAUCAGAAUGGAUGUACACCUUUGCAUUACGCUGCUUAUCGAGGUCAUACAAAUUUCGUUUCUAUGCUGCUUGAACGAGGUGCCAAUAUCGAAGCAAGGAAUAACGCUGGGUUGACUGCUAUUGCUUGGGCAACAUUAGCAGGAAAAAUUGAAGUGAUGAACAUACUUCGUGGUUUUAAAGCAGAUUUUAACUGUCGUGAUUCGGACGGAAAGUGUUUAUUACAUUAUGCUGCUGUUUCGGGAAAUAUGCCAGUUACAACUAUGAUUUUGGAAAAUUCAACUUUACCACUGAAUAGCAAGUCCUCGAUGGGAUAUACUCCCCUUUUUUACGCUGUUUUAAAUGACCAUCAUGAUUUAUUUACAACUGUAUUUAAAUUGCUUAUAUCCACAAAAUCUUUCAAUGUUAGCGAAACCUUUGGUGACAAUCAUCUUACACUAUUGCAUAUUUCAGCGGGAUUAACGGACGGUACAAAAUGUUGCCAAGCUAUCGUAGAAUCGAUCAGUUUUCUUGAUGAUAUCACAACUGAUGGAUAUACAGCAUUACAUUUGGCAUGUAUUUUUGGACGAAUAAUGCGUGCCAAGUUGUUAAUUGAUAGGGGUGCAAACGUUAAUGCCAAAACCAAUAGUGGCUUUACACCUUUACAUAUUGCUAUACAAAAUUGUUUGGAUAUCGUCGUUAAACAUCUUAUUGAAGCCAAUGCGGAUGUUAAUAUAUAUCUUUUUAGAAUGACACAAAGUGGAUAUAAUGGAAUGCAUAUCGCUGCUUUCUAUGGAAUGAUCGAAAUUGUUCGCAUUUUAGAUAAAAAUGGCCUGUCCGCAAUGCAAAAAUCUAAAAACGGAUUGAAUGCACUUCAUCUUGCAUCUCAAUCAUAUAUGCAAAAAUGCUGUUUUGUGGUUGAUUAUCUUCUUUCAAUUGGCACUCCAACAUGCGAAUUGGAUGAUUCGGGCAAUACAGCACUCCAUUAUGCUGCAAAUGCAGGUUCAGUAACCAUUGUCCACAGUUUACUUCGCGCUGGUGCAAAUAUCAAUAUUUUAAAUAAAUUGCAACAAAACGCUCUUCAUAUUGUUUCUCAAAAUAGUGGUGAUAAUUUUUUCGAGUGUGCAAAAUUAUUGGUUGAUUCCGAUGAUACAUGUGUUGUCGUUCGUGAUAUUCGUGGUUUUCUUCCUGUGCAUUAUGCUGUGUACAAUAAUAACAUUGAAUUAACGCGUAUAUUAAUUAAUAAGCAGCCUAGUGCUAAUGUACUGUCAUCGUUAGAACCUCAUCAUCUCACAUUAUAUCAUAUUGCUGCUGGUUCAAAAAAUGCGCAGUUGCUACAAAAAUUAUUGGUACAUUAUCAAUCGCUAAUAGCUGACAGUAAUAGCGAUGAAAAAGUGGGGCUUGAACGCGAUGCAAAAGGUCGAAUACCAUUGCAUUACGCUAUGCAUUCAGGAAAUAUUAAUUGUGUGCAAGUUCUUUUACAAGUGGUUGGGCAUAAAGCAUUGCUGAUAAAAGAUAUAGAAGGUUUGACACCGUUACAUGCAGCUGCUGCAAAAGGACAUUAUAAAUGCAUCAGUAUUGCUAAUAGUGUUUUAAGUAAACAGGAAAUGCAGUCUUAUGAUAAUCUUCAUAGGACACCACAGAUGAUAGCUGUGUCAAACGGGCAUUAUGAAUUUGCAUUUGCGGAAUCAAAUGGUUUCACUGAAGAUUUUUCGCAUCUCGACAAAAAUUCACGAGGAAUUAUUCAUCGGGCAGCUUUUCAACUUGAUUCAUUUUUGACCACUAUUAAUGAUGAUAAAUUCUCCAAUGUUCCUGACUGUAAUGGCGUUACUCCUUUGCAUAUUGCUGCUGCAGUUGGUAAUUCCAAAGUUGUUGGUCAUUUAUUAUCCUUGCAUGCUAAAGAAACAAAAAAUAAUCAGGGAUUAACUCCUGUGGACUGGGCAGCUGGACGAAAUCAGUGUACCACUUUAAGAUUAUUGUUGAGAUCUUUACCUAGACAAAAUCGUUUUAAUGCGUUACUUUUGGCUAUUGAACAAGGCCAUCUUGAUUGUUGCAAGAUAUUGCUACAGUAUGAUCCAAAUUAUUUAUUGUGCGUUGGUCGUCUUAAUCGAACUCCUUUACAUUUUGCUGUAUAUUAUGGUCAUCUUAAAAUUAUUGAAUAUCUUCUCCAGAGAAAUAUUAGUUUAUCAGCUGUAGAUAGUUCUGGAUUAACACCUUUAAUGACGGCAGCUAUAUCUUGCCAUGUUAAUGCUCCUAGAAUAAUUGAUAUUUUAAUGGAGGCGGGUUCAUCUUUUUCUGGUACUGAUAUUAGUGGCAACAAUGUAUAUCAUCUAGCUUGUAUGGCUAAUACUCCAGACAAUAUGUUACAUCUUUUAAAAUACACACCUCAGUUGGUCGAUGGUCAACAUGAAGGACACUUGAUUAAUAGUGUAAAUUGUAAGAAAGAGACGCCAUUACACCUGGCAUGCAAUGCAGGAUGGUUGUCCGUUGUGGUAAAACUGAUGAGUUUAUCGACUUGUGCGAUUAAUAUGAAAGAUGAAAAGGGACGAAGUCCUUUGCAAGAAGUUGAUGGCGAUAGUAAAGCGAUCGAUAUCAACCAAGUACUCAUACGGGUUAUUCGAGUUCUAACUCUUCAUCAUCGAGUCUGGAGUUUUAUUAAAGUUUUAUUUGGACUUUUAUUAUAUGAACUACCUUUGAUUUUUAUUAUUGGUGUUAUUUUUCUCUAG